CUCUGCGUUUACAAACAAAAUGGCUGUCUAGUUUUUCCUCUCCAGUAGUUGUAAUCUCCCUAAUAAAGUUCCAUUGUUUUGGUCACCUGUGGAGCUUUUCGUUAUAAUUUGCCGCAACAUAUAUUGGUUUAGAAUUUGAUUAAAGUUGAUAAAAAAUGAAGUCGGACGUGGAAGAGUUAAUGCCGAAGCUUUUGCCCGUUGAGUUUGGAGCCAACACAGAAGAUCUGGGCCUGAAUAGAACACCGAGGAACCCCCAGGAAUACCUCCGACAAGUCCAGUUGGAGGCAUCUUUGUGUCCAGAGGUGGUGGUUGCUCAGAUUGACCCCAAGAAACUGAAGAGGAAACAAACGGUUGAUGUACCUGUGGAGGGUUGUCAUGCCGCUCCAGUGGGUUUCUCCCCCAGCCUCAGGUGGCAGCAGCAGCAAGUCAGCAACUUCUCAGAUAUCAGACAGAGCAUUGCAAAAAACAGGAAACACUGGAGCAGCCAGACUUUGGAUGAUAACGUGCUAAUGCCCAAGCUAGCAGAUGAGGAGGGCUGGAAGAGGUUUUGUUUAGGAGAGAAGCUCUAUCUGGGCACUUCAUCCUGUGACCCAGAUGAAGAACCAGAGUCAGCACUGGACUAUUGCAAGGUGGGCUUUCCCCCUUUCCUAAGCAUCGUCAGCAGACUAAACCAGACCACAUUGUUAAUGGUGUUGGAAAUCCUCAUCAGUUGGUUUGAGGAGAGAGAAUUUGUUCCGCAGUUGGGUCGCUGGUUGUAUGCUUUGCUGGCCUGUCUGGAGAAGCCUCUGCUGCCUGAAGCACACUCCUCCAUCAGACAGCUGGCCAGAAGAUGUGCCCAGUUCCGCAGCACGCUGGAGAGUCGGGAGGAUGAAAAACUGCCUGCCCUCAACCUGCUCAUCUGUCUUGUUGCCAGAUACUUUGAGCAGAGUGAUCUAGCAGACCAGCCAGAGUGAACAAGGCUGAACAGUUUGACCUAUACCAACAAGACCUCAAAGUAAACCCUCCUACUAGUGCAGAUUUCAGACAAUCAAGCAACAAGGUUGAACAGUGGAACUCGAGGCAACUAAACGAGGAGAACUUUUACCAGUACUUGGUCAACUUUCCAGUGUUCAAAAAGAACACGCACAUGGGGCUGUGGUGGUUCCACAUAUGCCGAGAUGAAAAUUAAGGACAGAACCAAAUAGAUUGGGUCAUAAAUGGAACUUGUACAUUUGGUUUGUUGAACAGAGCUGUUUGUGUGACUGGGCAGCAGCUUUGUGAUUAUUUGGGUAAGGAGGAACAUCUCUGUAUUUAGUUCUAAUGUUAA